AUGCCGGCUCCCAAGUUUACGAAGAAUCAGCUUGUUAAGCAUCGCACAUCAGCAACACCUUCCAAUGGCAAGAAGACGGGCGGAUUCCAGGUCGGUCCCAAGCAUCUUCCGGAUGGCGCGUACCUCGGCAAGCACAAACGCAUCAAAGCCGAGCUCAUCCACAAAGCCAAAGUGAAGAAGGACUACUACAAGCAAUUGAAACAAGACAAGUCGGCUUCUGGCAGCGCAACAAGCUCCAAUGCUGCCCCGCUAGGAGAGCGAGGGAGUCGUGUGGUUGCGCAAGACGAAGGGAGCUCGCAUCUUCCCUUCGCGUUACCCAAGGAUCAGGGUCGAUUUGCGCCCGAGGACAGCGCAGGUGACGGUGACAGCGCACAACCCGACUUCGCACUCUCGGGGGGCAAGCAGGAUCUUCGACCGAGAAAAGCAGGCGGCAAAGCAAAGAGCAGCAAGCCGCUGCCACACCCGCUGCCCAAGUCUGCUGGCCGCCGAGACGAUGCGGAGGAUCAGACGCGAGAUACAAGGAGCAAAGAGGAAAAGGAACAGGAGCGACUCAAGAAGAACAAGAUGUGGAACAAACCCAGUGGCAGUCGCACAGGUCAAGCGAGAGGACAGCCGAAUCUGGGGGCGAGGAUGGAGGUCAUGCUCGACAAAAUCCGCAAGUCGACGCACUAG